UCUUAAAAGUGCUACUGGUCUCUUUUUGAUUUCGUUUCUUCACAGGAUCCCAUUUGCCCCUCUUGGACUUAGCAAGUGCUUGCCCAUCAAGAUGCUUUUGGGAAGGGGAUUUAUGCAGUGGGAUGCGUAGGCCAAGGUGGAUGUGAGCGUUGCCCUUGUUUUUAAAAAGCCGUGCUCUGGUCUGGCUAACUAGCUGAAGAGUGCUCUGGUCCCGCCCCCCUUGUUCUUUUUCUCUUUCUCUUGAUGCAUCCGCUGGCUGGUGGGCCUGAGCUUGGCAGGCUGUGGAGCAGGGCUCCCGCCUCCUCCUUUCCCAGGCUGCGCGGGGAGGGCCCGGCCCAGAAGGGGCAAAGGGCAGAGGAGCGAGCGGGGGCCAGAGCUGCUUCUCCAGUAUCCCUCCCUCCUCCCUUCCUGCUUUUCAGCCCGCCUGCCUCUUUGGGGGGAGAGAUGCUGCCAGCAGAAAGGGAGCUUUGGCCUGCUCCGGCUGGCCCCACCCGCCCUGAGCAUUAGCUUGUUGGUGGCAGGACAGUUUUUCAGGAAUUUUUGUGCUGGCAGCAUCUAUGGAGUUUUCAGAGCUUCGCCCGCAUCCAGUCUGCUUGCAGUAAGGGGGGGUCACUCACACCCAGGGCAGCUCCUGCCGGAAGGAAGGUGUCUGCAAUUGGAACCGCAGCGGGCAACCAGGGAGGUGGUGGCCAUGGAGACCUGUAAUCGCAAUAUGGUGGAUCUGCCCUGCCGAGCCCAAAGGUCCACCCCAGGUCAGCUUCUGGACCUGACAGAGGCCGGCAAGGGCCUGAAGGUGCAGACCGAGAAGCCCCACCUGGUGAGCCUGGGCAGCGGGCGCCUCAGCACCGCAGUCACCCUCCUGCCUCUUGAAGAGGGCAGGACAGUGCUGGGCUCAGCUGCGGGGGACAUUGUGUUGCAGGGGGCUGGUGUGGCCCCCAAGCACUGCUUCAUUGAGAACGCACGGGGGACCCUCACCCUGCACCCCUGUGGCAACCCUUGUGCUGUUGACGGCCUGGUUGUGACCCGCCCCACGCGCCUCACCCAAGGGUGCAUGAUCUGCCUGGGACAGUCAAGCUUCCUUCGGUUCAACCAUCCUGCCGAAGCCAAGUGGAUGAAAAGCAUGAUUCCCAGUUCGGGGCGCAGCCCUGUGGCUCAGCGUGGACUCCGGCCAGAGGCACGGAGCCUGCAGAGCGGCGGCCAAGAGAGAGCAGAGCCUUCUCGGCACAGUCCCAGCGCUCUGGUCAGCUCCAUUGAACAAGACUUGCAAGGCAUCAUGGACUCGCUGGUGCUGGAUGGAGGAAGCAUCACCGAGAAGCAGCUGCCGUGCAGGGCUCUGCCACCCAACUCGUCUGCGGUGAACGGCAGGGGGGGCUCUUCCAUGUUGCCCCCACCCCGGAGCCCCAGUGCCAUGUCUGGGGGUUCCAGUUAUGAAAAUGCCUCGCCACCAUUUUCUCCACUCUCUUCUCCUGCUAGCAACAGCAGCUGCACGAGUCACUCUCCGCUGGGCCCGGAUCAGGGAUCCCCAAUCCCACCUGCGGUGCCCGUCCGGUCCUCCAGUUACAACCAUGCUAUGUUAACUUCCCACAGUGGGCCUGGCCUGGACCUUCCCAGCAACACCAGCUCUCCAGGUCCCGCACGAGGGCCGGGCAGCCCAAGGAUAGCGCGUAGAGCCAUGCACGAAGGUCCCCAAAGCCCCACGCCCUGUCGCAGGGCUCGGCCUUCGGUGGAGAGUCCCUGCUCCAACCAGCGCAUCUCCCCUCCACCGCCACUGCCCAUCACCAGGUAUGGAAGCGUGCCGGGCAGCCCUCGCCAGCAGCUGCCCAAGAGUGCACGCUCGACAUCCAAGUGCCAGGCCUCGUCCAUGCCACAGUCCAAGGUGGGGACUCUGCAGGAGAGGCCCCCCAGCCCCUUUCGGGAGUCUCGGGAUGUGCCUGUCAGCCCUUCCCAGCAAGUCCCGGGGAAAAGUUACCAGGCCGCAGAAAUGGCAGGAACCGUGCAGGUCCACCAGUUGGGUCAGGUACUGCAGCCCCCUGGCAGUCCGCGGCUUCUUAGGCGGUCCCUGGAGAGCAUGCGGGAACUGCCCCCCCUGAGUCCAGCCCUGUCCCGCCGAGCAGCAUCCCCGGUCACCCACCUUAGCCCCUCACCACAGGCCAAAGGCUCUGAGAAUCCCUGUGCUUGGAGAAGGGACCCUUGGGACACCCUCUCGGCUGCAUCUCCCUCCCGCUUGCGGGGCCGCAGCCCUUCGCCCACUCUGCUUGCUGGAGAGCCUGCCCAGCGCAAGCCCAGUGGAGGGCUGGGCCUGAGCCCCGCCUACAGCCUGGGCUCUCUCACCUUGCCCACAUCCUCACCGCACCAGAGCCCACGUGUCCACCGCAAGAUGUCUGGAGACCUGCAGUUGCCAGGACCCAUGCGGGAGCGCAAGCAAAGCAUCUCAGCGCUCAGUGGCAACGAGGGGGACCUUCUGCAUUACCACUGGCAGCAGCGCCAGGAGCGGCUUCGCGAGCAAGAGAUGGAGCGGCUGGAGCGUCAGCGGCUGGAGACCAUCCUAAGCCUGUGUGCGGAGUACACACGCAGCGAUGGAGCGGAGCGGCCCUCUGCUCCCGAUGCGGCCCAUGGUGGUGCACAGGCGAGCGGGAGGUGCUCCAAAGGCUCCGUCAGCCCUGGCUGUGCCAUAGCGCAGCCCACAGGGUCCCCAGGGCUGCAGCGUUUGGAGGAGGACAACCUGAAGGAGGAGAGCAGCAGCACGGAGAGCGCAGGCCACGAGCACGAGGAGCCACAGAACACCCAAGUUGGCCAGGAGGCCAUUCUGGAGGAGGCGCGUGCCCAGCUCGUAGCCAACAUCGACCGGCUCAAGAGUCGCGCCAAGGAGCUGGAGCAGCAGCUGCAAGAGACGGCGCAGGAGGUGGAGAUGGAAAGGGCCCUUCUGCAGGGGGAGCGCGAGGCAGAGCGGGUCCAGCUGCAGCAGGAGCAGAAGAUGAUGCAGCAGUUGCAACAGCGGCUGUCUGGUCUGGACAGCUCCAUCCUUCGAGACCGAGAUAAGGAGAGGGCAAAGGUUGAUGCGGAAAGGAAAGAGCUCGAGACACAGCGGGCGCUUUGCUCUGAGCUCCAGAGCCAGCUGCACAACUGCCCCGAGUCAAUGCGGGAGCAGUUGCAGGACCAGCUGCUCAGGGAGGCGGAGGCGCUGGAGACGGAGGCCAAGCUGUUUGAGGACCUGGAAUUCCAACAGCUGGAGAACGAGAGCCGCCUGGAGGAGGAACGGGAGGCGCUGGGCCAGCAGCUGCUCCACAGCAAAGCGGAGAGCCACCGUAGCCUGGCCCGGAGGAAGGAGCGUAUGGCAGCCCUAGAGAUCCAGGCCAAUCAGAUCCGUGUGCAGGCUGCUCAGGAGGUGGAGCGGCUGAGCAAGGAGAAGACGGCCACGUUGCAGCUGCUGCAGAAGGAGAAAGACACCCUUCUGGCACUGGAGAGGCGGUACUGUGAACUCACGGGUGGCUCUGGCUUUCCCAAGGCCUCUACUGCCCUUCGAGAGGAGACUCUUCCUUUCUCUGAGCUGGAGGAGGGGGCCGCCGUGGCAAGUCCCUUCUGUGCAGCUGCUUCCUCCACUCAGCUUUACCCAGCAACGCCAGAGGUCUACCGUUCCAAGAUGGAUGGCAACUCAAGCAGCUUGGCCUGGCCCAAAAGUGGCGCCUCCUCCUCACAGGGCUCUUUGCUGCUUCCCCAGGACAGCACGGGCGCCCUUCCUCGGAACCUGGCCAGCACCCUUCAAGAUAUCGAGAUCAAACGCCAGCUGGCUCUGCAACAGAAGGGGCAACAGGUGAUUGCGGAGCAACGAAGGCGCCUGGCAGACUUGAAGCAGAAGGCAGCAGCGGAGGCCCAAUCUCAGUGGGAAGCCCUGCGCGGGCAGCCCUCCUUUCCCCCUUCGUACUCCCCCCUCAUGCCCCACUCCAUUCUCCAUCACCACCUCCCUGGGGGCCUGGGCCUGCGUGCGGAUGACCCAGAGCACGCCUACGACACCCUCAGCCUGGAGAGCUCCGACAGCAUUGACACCAACCUCUCCACGAGCGGCAACUCAGCCUGCUCCCCUGACAACAUCUCCAGCGCCAGCGGAGCUGAUGUCGGGAAGAUGGAGGAGAUGGAGGCCCUGCUGAAGGAGGCCAGCGCAGAGAAGUCGCGCCUGCUCGAAGCACGAGAGCAGGAGAUGGAGCUGCGGCAGCAGGAGCUGGAGGAUGAGCGGCGGCGGCGGGUGCAGCUGGAGCGGCAGCUGCAAAAUGAGGCCACGCGGCGGCAGAGGCUCAUUGAGGAGGAGGUCAAGAUGCGGGAGAAGCAGUUUGCCCAGGCACGGCCCCUGACCCGCUAUUUGCCCAUCCGCAAAGAGGACUUUGACCUGCGUGCACAUGUGGAGUCCUCAGGCCACAGUGUGGACACCUGCAGUCACGUCAUCCUCUCAGAGAAAAUGUGCAAAGGCUACCUGGUCAAGAUGGGGGGCAAGAUUAAGUCCUGGAAAAAGCGCUGGUUCGUUUUUGAUCGCCUGCGACGCACUCUCGCCUACUAUGUGGACAAACAUGAGACGAAGCUCAAAGGCCUGGUCUAUUUCCAGGCAAUUGAGGAGGUUUACUACGAUCACCUCCGGAGCGCUGCCAAGAAGGGGUUCUUCUCCCUGAAGCAGGCCCUUCACCUAGCAGCCUUUCUCCCUGCUCCCUUCAGUAGAGAGAGCCCCAACCCAGCCCUCACCUUCUGCGUCAAGACCCACGACCGUCUCUACUACAUGGUGGCCCCUUCCGCAGAGGCCAUGCGUAUCUGGAUGGACGUCAUUGUGACGGGAGCGGAAGGAUACACCCAGUUCCUGAACUGAGGCAGGGAAGGCUGCAAGGACUGCCUGCAGUGAGCCCCAGGGAAGAGCUGGGCUGAAGAGCAGCCGGGGGCUCGCCAUGUCAUGCCAAAGGCCAGGCAAGGUGAAGAGGACCCCUUCCCCUUUCCUGCUGCAGCAGCGGAAGCAGCAGCUUGCCAGGCCCGCUGCCCUGCUCCCCCCACACAGUGUGGUGCUGGCUGCAGGGACUCCUUGGACACCCCCCCCCCCACUGUGCUUGCCAGGGCCAGUCGGAGGCCCGUCUACCACCAUGUGCCUUGAGAGAGGGGCAGAGGGACUUGGCCCCUCCCUGUCAGAACCCAACCACGUUCUCUGUGCUCAUUUUGGCGCAGUUGCUUUGGAACAAGCUGCCACUGCAGGCGUUUCCUCGGAGCCCCGGCUUGGGUGCCCUCCUUGGGUGCCCCCUCACCUCUUGGGGUCAGGCGUCAGGCCUGGCUGGUGCUGUUGGUACAAGGGCUGGCGUGAUUUUUUUUAAUGUCUUGAGCACAGGAGCAGAAUAAAGCUCGCGCAGUUCAACCAUC